AUCCACGGCUGGCCCAGCCGUUGCCCUGGACGCUCUGACUGUUAGGCCAGCGCUUGCACGGGACGGGCAGAGACCCAGCCUGGCUGUCCUCGUCCCGGGAUUCUCCAGGGUCCCCGCUGCCACGCGCCCAGAGACACUAGCCACCGCCAGAUUCCAUGAGCUCCCAACAUGAACCGAAAGAAAUUGCAGAAGUUGACGGACCACUUAACUAAAAAUUGCAAGCACUUUAAUAAAUCUGAAGUGACAUGUCUCAUAAAGCUUUUCUAUAACUUGGUUGGAGAUGUAGCAGAGCGACCAGUUGCAGUUGUUGGACUAGAUCGUAACGCAUUUCGGAACAUCCUACAUGUAACAUUUGGAAUGACAGAUGACAUGAUUAUGGACAGAGUAUUCCGAACUUUUGAUAAAGACAAUGACGGCUGUAUAAAUGUAUCGGAGUGGGUUAAUGGAUUAACCGUGUUUCUUCGAGGAUCCUUAGAUGAAAAAAUGAAAUAUUGCUUUGAAGUAUUUGACUUGAAUGGGGACGGCUUCAUUUCAAAGGAGGAAAUGUUCCACAUGUUAAAGAACAGCCUUCUGAAACAGCCAUCAGAGGAAGACCCAGAUGAAGGAAUUAAAGAUUUGGUUGAAAUAACACUUAAGAAAAUGGAUUAUGACCAUGAUGGGAAGCUAUCUUUUGCAGACUAUGAAAAAGCUGUGAGAGAAGAGACUCUUCUAUUGGAAGCCUUUGGACCAUGUCUACCUGAUCCAAAGAGUCAGAUGGAGUUUGAGAGUCAAGUAUUCAAAGAUCCAACCGAUUUCAGUGAUAUGUGAAUUCUAAAUGCGCAUUGUUUGAAAGCCCUUGGAGUAAGUACCAGCUGACAGGAGUAGCAGCUCUGGUUCCAGGUAAGGACAAUGGCUUGGACUCCAAGCAGCUCCAUCAGAUUCAUUCAUGAAGGCUGCAGGUGUCUGUGAUAAUGGCAAUGUCUGGGAGCGUCAGUGGGUGUUUUUAUUCAGCUUCUUCACUGCUGGGACUUAAAGACCCAAUCAGAACAACUGUAGUGGGGGAAAGGACUCAUGGUUUUUGAAGUUUUAGUUCAUAGAAGGUCCACUCCAUUCCUCAGGGCUUGAGGCAAGGUAGAACAUCAUGUUGGGAGAGUGGCAGAAGGAAGUAGCUCAUAUCAUGAUCAGAGAGCAGAGAGAGAGAGUUUACUCACCAGAUACAAACAUAUACCUAAAGCCACACCCUAAUUCCCACCUCCUCCAGCCACACCCUGCCACUUCAGUUACCACUCAGUUAAUCCCUAUCAAAGAAUUAAAUCACUGAUUGGGUUAAGACUCUUAUAACCCAAUCAUUUCUCCUCUGAAACUUUGUUCUCUGUCUCACACGUGAGCUUUUUGGUAACACCUCACAUUCAAACCAUUACAUUUGCCCCUGGCUCCCAAAAUCUCACAACCCUCUCACAAUGCAAAAUACAUCUUCCCCCAUUUCCAAGAGUCCCCACAGUCAAUAGUUCCAAGAUUCCUCAAAGUUCACAUCCAAAUUCUUUUCUGAGGCUCAAGGCAAUCUCUCAUCGUGAGCUCCUGCAAAAUUAAAAGCAAUUUACAAGUAUAUAAUAUACAAGGUUACAGAGUACCCAUUUCCAUUCACAAAAUUAGGGGCAUAGAAGGGAUAGGACCAAAAUCCAGCUGGGCAAACAAGUCCUGUAGAUCCAUAUCUGGCAUCUAGGGCAUAUGACAUCAUGAUGUUCUCUCAAAGGGCUUGUGUGGCUCUACCCAUGGGGCCUUGUUUGUUGCAGCCCAAGUGGCCUCUCUGUUGGCUUGCUUUACUCAAUUCCUUUAGCUUCCUAGGAUGAUGUCCUACAUUACUGGUAUUUCUUAAUCUCAGGGGUCUCCACUGGAGCUUCGGUUUUCUCCUCACAUUUUGACUUCUUAGGGGGUACCUGCACUGCUGCAAUUUGCCUGGCUUCCCAGGCCUUCCUUUGAAAUCCUCCUGGAAGCCUCCAUGAACCCCUAACUCCAGCAUCCUGCAUUCCUGUAAAAUUAGCACCAUGUGGUUGACUCCAGGGUCUGCUGCCAUCUGAGCAGUAGCCAAGCCUCCAGGGGCCCUGGCUACAGCAGUCUCUGAGUGCCUGGGUGGCUGAGCAUGUUGAAAACACUUCCUAGGCCCACUUGUGCAAGAAAGGUGACCCAUUGGUCUCUUCUCCAGAGAAUUUUCACCUUUAUCCCCUGGAGCCUGAGAUGAGUAUGGUCUUGCCAGCUCCUGAGAUGACCUCAAGCCAUCUUUCUCAUUGUCUCUAGGAAAAGUCUAGCAUUUCUGUAUUGGCAGUAAAGUCUUUAACAACUGCUCUAGUUUUACUAGCCCUAGUUUUACUCUGGCCUUUCAAAUCCACAUUUUCCAAGUCUUUCUGCUUUGCUUUCUUUCCCCGAUUAUCACAAUAAAUUUGGCUAAAAGCUACCAGCAAUAUUCAUGCCACCGCCUGAAUGCUAUGCUGCCUAGAAAUUACUUCUGUCAGAUUAAGAAGUCCAUUACUUCUAAGAUCAGUCUCACAGAAAGUCUCUGGACAGGGCAGAAUGAAGACAGCUUCUCAGCCAGAACAUAACACAAAUGGCCUCUACUCCAAAUUCCAAUAGAGUAGUCCCCUGAACCCUCUUGAGACCCGUCUUCAUUAUCCCCAGUCCUAUUGACAUUUUGGUCUUCUGAAGUCCCACCAGAAUCGGCCAUUAAGCUCUGCUUACAAAAACCUAAAGCAUUUCUAGCUUGCACUGUUAAACAUCUCAAAAUUCCUUCCACCAAUUCCAAAAAGCUCAAAAAGCUUCUGAACCACAUGUUCAGGUUAGGCACAGCAAGGACCCCACUCCUGGUACCAAUUUCUGUUUAAGUCAGCUUCCUUCACUGCUGCAACUUAAAGACCCAUCCAGAACAACUAUAGAGGAGAAAAGUUUAUUUGAGGGGUUCAGAAGUCUUAGUCCAUAGAAGGCUGGCUCCUCGGAGCUUGAGGCAAGGCAGAACAUCAUGUUGGGAGACUGUGGGCAGAUGGAAGCAGCUCAUGCCAUGAUCAGAAAGCAGAGAGAGUCCACUAGCCAGAUACAGUGGGGAAGGCUGCUGGGGUCUGACUGCUUCUUCCACAGAGAGAGGUCAUGGCAGAGAGACUCCCCCUCGUUACCCGUGUCAGCCUAAGAGAUGUGGUAACACACGUUAAAUGCUGCCCACACUUUUCAAUGCAGCCAUUCUGGGUUUUGUGCCUUAAUGGAUUGCUGAACCUUCUUUACUUUACUCUCUAGCUCUCCCAGAGCUAUUAUUGCUGGUGACUCAUUGUUAAAUUAUUGCUUUUGCCAGGAGAGCAAGGGCCAGGGCCUCUUUAUUCAUCACCUUCCUGAUAUCAUUUCCUGGCUUUUAAUUUUUUAAUUGAUUUUUUUUCUGAUUACAAAGUAACAGGUUUACUGAAAAAAAUAUUUCAGAAGUUGAAGAAAUUAAAACAAUAAAAUGAUCUAUUGAUUCAUAAUCUGAUAUAAAUUCAGGCGUUUUGUAAGGCAUUUGUAAGUGUACCUAUAUUUUAGCAAAGUAUACCUACAACUUUGAGAUGAUAACCUUGAAAAUGCAUUUUUAGGAACUGCUUUUGUAGUGUGCCACUAUCCCACAAACAUUUUUCAGGCUGUUGAGUAUCUGUCUACAGCCUGGUUUAUAAUGGCUGCCUGCUGUUUCAUCAUAACAUACUGUGCAAAAUCACUUGUCUGCCAUUGACAUUUUGGUUGUUCCUACAAUUUUUGCUAUUAUAAAUAAUUCUAAUAGUCUAUAUUCUUAUAGUUUAAUCUUUUCACAUGUCUCAUUACUUACUCUCUUGGUCUAAGUUUGUAAAAGUAAAUCACUGGGUUAGAGACUCUGUGAUUCUGAGAUUUCUAGCAUGUGCUGCCUGGUCACCCUCCACAAAGGCCCCUCAAUUGAACUGCCUUGCUCAAUGUGUGGAAUACCUAUCCCUUUGCCUACAGGGAGCUUGCUUUUACUUUCCUUGCAAAAUUCUGGACGAUCAUGAGUGUGAUUUUUAUUUGUCAUUUCAAGAUAUAUAUUUGUACCUAAACUUUUUAUUGUAGGUUGACUACAAAUUGACCUCCAAGUGAAUAACCCUCUUCUAUUUCUUGACAUUAUUUUUUAAAAGUUAAAAACCAAAAAAAAAAACUAAUUUCAGUGCAGCUUAAGAUGCUUCUGGCAUGUGAUUGUAAGAACUCAUAAGAUCUAAGAUCUUCUUGAUGUAUAUACGUAGAAUAUAUCCUCUCUGCCAAUGCGCAUCACAAUGUGCCCGGAGUAUUUCUAUCACUAUACCUACAUUGUAAUAUUCCCUUAUUUUCACUACUGUAGAAAUUAAUAGAUAAUUUUAAAAGGAGAAAUUUCUCACUGUAUAGCAAGUCCCUCUGCAUACACACAGAGUCCCUUUGAAGGACAGCACUCUCCCCUCCAGCCCACUCUGGGCUCUCACCUCCUUGGGGCUAGUCUUGGCAUCACUUAAAUUGCCCUUAGUACAACCAACCUAGAGCCCAGUUGUUGCCUACCUUUUGGGUGACUGAGUUGGGACUAUAAUCAAGCAGUUAAAAUUUGGAGGGUUGGAUAUAGUCUUCCUCCUAUGGGCCCCUCGGUACUGGCUUCCUCCUCUCCCAUCAUUCCAGGACUAGUAGAAAGUCAGCCUGAGCCCCUUUGGGAGAGGUACACAUCACCUCACAAGCAGCACAGAGAGAUUCUGUUUGGGAAACACUCAAGUACUUUUUUUUUUUUUAACUACAGGAUUUAAAAACCACCACUGAAAACUGGUAGUCCUACAUUCUUAACCCACAAAUAUCUCUGUGUACAAGACUGCACUUGUAAGAAACCAGGCCUGCAAUUGCUCACACCAUAAAAUCAUCCAAAACAUUCGCUAAGUUUCCACUCUGUGCAACACUGUGAGGGUUAAUGAAGUCUAAGUGAGUUACCCCUGUCCUCAGCUUAUUUAUGAUGGAAAAUGACAAUUAUAUACCACGCACAGAUUAUCACCUGUUACUGUUUAAGUUUAUGGUAACAGCUCCUCUCCUUCCAACAUAAGCAUAGUUAUCGCAUUUUAAAUUAAAGACAAUUGAUAAAAAGAAUCAAAAUCUAAUACAAAGUCUACUACCAUCUGGACAAAUUUCUCUGAGCUGCUCUCAGAUUCUCCCUAUUUUCAGAUCCUGCACUUAGUCCAACAGGAUCCUAUUUCCACCCGAAUGAUUCCCAACCUCUUCCACAGUUAUCCAGAGCUAAUGGCUAAUUCUCAGCAAGUGUGGCUAACAGAGGUUUGGGAAUUGCAAUUGGACAUAGACUAUAAAUGAUACAUAAUAAAACAGAAAUCUAAACCACAAGUAUAUUAGUUACCAUUUAGCCAACUGUAAGGAUGUUUGGGUGAUAUUUCGAAAACGGGCCACAGCAAUAACUGUGUUUUUCUGGUGACUGCCCCUUCCAUUGGAGUGGAGUAGAUGACCUCCUGAAAUGUUUUUCAGUCUAAGUUAACGUUAAGGAAUAAGCCGACGCCAAAGCAUAUCAAGUAAACCAAAGCCCUCUCCUCAUAAGACAUAUCUCAAGGAAACCCACUUAGUUUCAAGGGAGAGUAAAAGAAAGAAGGAAAUCUUAACAGUGACGUGUCCUGAAUGAAAUUAGGCAUGGUUCUGCAUUUGAGAUGUUUUUAUCAGGGUGUUAUUAACCUGAGCAACAGCUAACUGCUCACAAUUCCAUCCUUGGUAAUUUGUGGCUUUCUGAGUACCUCAUGCCUCCUGCUUAAUCCAUCAAGAAAAUAUUCCUCCCCCUAAAACACACAUCCUUUUGUUAUUUUUACCUCCCUCCCGCCUGCUUAGCUCCACACUGCCCCUAUUAUGUGGCCCCAGCCAGGCUCACAGAGAGCUCCCUGGGGUGAGGACUUGACAACUUAAAGGACCUUUGAAUAGAUUGGGUAAAAUACAGGCUGUCCUUCCCAUCCCCUGUCCACAUCUCCAAAGCUUUGUGUAGAUGAAGGGUAUCCCGAGCAAGCUGUGACCUAGGUGAGGACAGACCCGUGCGGCACUGAGCCUGGGAUAGAGAAGAGCCUGGCAGGAUGCAGAAAAUUUCAGAAGUCCUCCCUGCAGUGGGUGUUUGGAAGUUGAGUCCCUACCUACCUCCCAGGAUGAACCAUUAACACAAAAGCACAGAGCAGUCUAGUGUACUAAUUAAAACCAUUUGGUCAAGUCUUCCUUAAUGAAUCUUUCAGAAACACGGUAAAAGUCAGAAAAUGGAAUGAAACAAUCCACGUAAUUCCAGAAACACAUUAUAUAAAAAUCCAGUGAGCACUCAUGUGCCAAGCUCUCCACAUUCAUAUAGCAUUGACUUCUCACAACUACUCUAACAGGUAAACAUGACCAUUGUUUACUAUUUUCAUCUUAGAGAUUGAGGGAAUUGAAUUAAGGGAAAUCAAGAAACUUAUUAUGUGUCCCAAACUGGCAAAUACAAUGCCAAAAUUCAGGCCUUAUCUCAUUCUAGUAUUAAAGAUUUUUCUCUAUCUGAUCUUCUAACCACAUAUCCUCAAGCCAUGGAGAAAUCGAGUGCCGCAGCUUCCUGGAGAGUCUUCAGAUAGACCGUCAUGGCUGUGGGUGCCGGUCACUGUGAAAUGUACAGGUCUUGGGAGUGAGACCAUUGUCACUUCCAUCCAUUCACACUUCUUAAAUGAAUACACUUUGGGACUUUAGUUGAAAGUUUCUUGUUUAGAUGUAAAGACCUUCAUGUUUAGUACUAACAGAGUCUAGACCUUAAACUGGAACCUUGCAUUACCAAGAGUCCAGAUGUGAUGAACUCCAUGAAAUGGCCCCCAGGAUGUCAAACCCUAAUGGCUCCAAGGUCAGUUAACAAACAACAGAGAGAGAGGGAAUACCAGCCGAGACCACCACUGGUUUGUGAGAAGAAGGGCAGAAGCUGAAUUCUCAAAUGGGAAAGGACAAGCAAUGGGUCUUUGGGUCAUCUUGGGUGAUGAAAAGAAGGGCUGUUAUCUGGAGAAGAAGAUGCCAGUAAUAAGAGGCCAGGUGAUCAGCUGGCCAACACAAGAAAUCAUGGUGCUUAGUAGAUGCUGUUAACUAGCCUGCUAUAGGUUGGAUUUGCUAGAUAGGAACCUGCAGCCCAGGCUGUUAACAACGUCAAGCCUGACCCCCCCCCACCCCUCAUGGUCAAAAUACCACACAACAUUGCAUAAAUCACAUGCAUUUUAAAAGUCUGACAUAAGUUAAAAGUGAUUUAUAGAUUGGUUGGGGACAGCGUUUAUCAUCCACACUGAGAAGAUAUUGAGAUUGGAAGGAGAGAUUAUCAUAAUUUACAUCUGGACAUGUACUCUAAAGUUGUUCCAGGAAAAGCAGGAUUAUGAUCACCAAUGUGUGGGCUAUACAUUACUCCACAAAUCACAUUUUCUGUGAAACGGGAGUAACACUUACUCUCUUUGUCUACAUUAUAGGAGGACUGAAUGACAUGAUAAUGACAGUUACAUAUUUUUGUAAGCUAUAAUGUAUGAUAUAAAUAAAUAGAUUAUACUAUGUAAGCAUAGAGUGAUUUACCAUGGAGUAUGCUUUGCUCUGAAUAGAUGCUCAUAUGC